UGUGCGCCGCAGCCCCCCGUGCAGAGCACAAUGCAAACAACGAACUCCGACAACAAGAAGAUCCCAUCGACCUCCAGCGCAAAAGCCCAGCAAGCCGCAGCCGCAGACGUGUCGUCGUCCAAGUUGGAGACCAGCGCCGUGGCGCCGUCGUCCGAGGUGGAGACCAAGACCGCCAAGAAGGCGUCGCCGCCGGCGCGAACUCCGGGGCUCGCGUUGGAGGGGUGGGGGUUGGCGAGCUACGACUCCUCUUCCGACGAGGAGCAGCAGGGCGCCGGUACCGUCGCCGUACGCGCGAAGUCGUCGGAGGCGGCGAAGAAGGGCGGGACUAGUAAGAGCGGCGUCGGCGGCAAGGGCAAGGGCCGCGCGCCGUCCAAGGAGAAGUACCUGCUCCCGGCCGGGAAGAAGAAGCAGCCCGCCGGCCGCGAGGGCGAGGAGGACGACAAGUUCAUGCCCGGCUCGGCGGCGGACGGCAUCGGCGGCGGCCUGCUCGCGCCGUUCGACCCCUUCGCGGACGCCGAGCUCGACGGCCACGACGGCGGCGUCGCGGCGCCCAAGGACGACGUAGUGCACCUCCGCGUGCAGCAGCGCAACGGGAAGAAGACGCUGACCACGGUGCAGGGGCUGAGCGCCGCCUACAACUACGCCCGGAUCCUCCGGGACCUCAAGCGGGAGCUCUGCUGCAGCGGGGUCGUCGUGGAGGACGAGGAGCUCGGCAGCGUCAUCCAGCUCCAGGGCGACCACCGCAAGGCCGUCGCCGCCUUCCUCGUCAAGGCCGGCAUGGCCACCAAGGCCAACGUCAAGGUCCACGGCUUCUGAGUUCGCCGCGCGCGCCGCGUGUCGUCGCAUCAUCAGUUUCGAUCACAUCGAGUUUAGUUUGUUUUAGUUGUCUUUCUUCGGAGGCUUCUGUUUCGUGAUUUGUGUCUCGGUUUAAUUAGUUGAAAGGGUGUCGAUCUUGUGCCGUUGGUAAUAUGGACUGCAGAUGUCAUUUUCUAAGAAGUCAUGUUAAAAGAUCUCGCUCGUGACCUUGCUAUGAUUA